AUGCUGCCUAACACGUCAAUGUCUUCUGCGUGUAGCAUCUGCAUCGAUCGUCUCAAGGCCCCAAUCGCUCUCCCGUGCGGUCACGUAUAUUGCCAUGAAUGCAUUCUGAACACCAUACAUCAAAUCACGCCGUACACAACGCAGCAUAACUGCCCAACCUGCCGCGCGCCUUUCUCAACUGUCAACAUAGAUCCCAACUUCGUGCCUUCCCACCUGCGCCAGUAUAUAACUCCUAGCAUCCGGAAGCUCUACAUGGAGGACCAGAUGGACUCCUGGCCCUCCGCCUCUUCAGGUGCCCUCACAGAUAAAGACAUCGCCAGAAUCAUGGCCGAGAACGAGUCUCUGCGUACAAGCUGCGGCCUCUGGCAACGCCGCGCAGAAGUGCAGGCAGCCGCUACAAUCGGUCUCAUAGGCUUAACCCGCUUCGCCAGGGAUCGCGCCGUAGAGCUCAAACAAGAACGUGACUCGCUUCGCACAAAGUACGAAGCUUUCAAACGCAAAUACGCUCAUCUUGAGGCUGACGACCCCGAAUCAACGUUUUCCCCUCCCCGUUCACCGUCUUCGCUAUUUCCGGAGCCAUCGCUCCCCGAAAUGCCGCCGUCACAUCCUAUAAGCUCACUGCUCGCGGAGGGCACAGUUCCUCGGCGACCCCUUCAAGCUCCUGAAGCAGAAUCACCGUUGGGCCUAUCGCUGCUCUCUCUUCCGGACUCUGCACCCCAACUAGAGGACCUCUUCUCCGAUAGCGACCUCUCGCGGCCACCAACGAAGCGGAGACGCACUGAUUCACCCACAUCAUCCAAAUCAGCCUCUGUCUCUGUCUCUGCCUCCCCUCUCCCUAAACCCCGAACCCAACAACGAAAGGGUGCCUCGACAACAACACCCUUGCGGAGAUCUCCCCGAAAUGCUUCUAGAUGA